GAGAGGUACACCAGGGACGAGGGGUUCUUGAACCUAGUGAGUCAUACGGCAGCAGGCACAGGGAGUCCUGCGCUCCAUAUACACCUGCUGCCAGGAUCAGAAGAGGGCAAAGAGUUCAUGGGGAGAUAUGGCAUCACAGAAGCCGAAAUGCCAGCACUGGUGGCAAUAGCUGACUGGAACUUGCCAGAGUCACCAGUCAUAAUGAAAAGCAGAGAUAAUGGAGAGAUGCAGGAGCACAUAGACCUUACUGCAUUUGUGGCUGGACCUGCCCCCAUGAACGGACCUGCCCCCGUGGACGGACCUGCCCCCGUGGACGGACCUGCCCCCGUGGACGGACCUGCCCCUGUGGACGGACCUGCCCCCGUGGACGGACCUGCCUCCGUGGACGGACCUGCCCCUGUGGGUGCGCCCGUUCCCGUGGGUGCGUCUGUUCCCAUGGGUGUGCCUGUUCCCGUGGGUGCGCCCGUCCCCGUGGGUGCGCCUGUUCCCGUGGGUGCGCCUGUUCCCGUGGGUGCGCCUGUUCCUGUGAGUGCGCCCUUUCACUUGACCCGACCGAUGCUGGGACAGGUGCAGGCACAGUUGCGGGCACAGGCACUUGGGAGAUUGUGGAUGCAUGCACAGGCACAGCUGAGGAUGCCGAGGAUGCCUGGGCACAGAAUGUGGUCGCAUCCAUACAGGAGAGCAGCAAACAGCUUCCCUUCACACAUAGUCACAUCACACUUAUGUAGCGACGCCCUAGGGGACCACAGUGAAAGGUUGUAUUGA